UGAAUUGAUAAUAUACUGUAAUUUUGAGGUUUAAAUCAGUUUCGUAAAUUAUAAUAAUCGGAGAAUUGUCGAUUUGUAAUUUUUGAUUGUAAUUUGAUACCGGAAAUUCUUAGAAAAGAAGCUGAUCUAUUUAAACUCUGAAAUUUAAAGUGCUCCACAAUAUUACGUCCAGGCGAAAAUUUUCCAGGAUGGCAAUGAGAAGAAUGAAAUCUCCCUACACUCUGCCUCCAGGCGAUGACAUUUUUUUCCCUCCUCACCAGUUUACGCAGUUUAGAAAUUACGAUAAUGAAUUCACAUUACAGCAACCUGGAUGGCAAAAUGGUUUUUAUGAUAAUUUUCCACAAGCUACCUCCCCGCCAUAUGGUCUCCAUGAGAACCAAAGUAGCAUUUUUGUAGAUACACCUAAUUGCACCUACUCUCACGACACAAUUCUCCAACCAGAUACAGGAUCCCCGAAUGAGAAUUUUAAUCAACACGACUACUGGGAUGGUGCGGCAGAACCGUUUCCAAUUUCCCUACCAACAGAAGAAGACUCCGAACACACUGAAGGAAAUGAAAUACACCAGCGAAAUUUUUCCGUAGCAAGAAACAACAGCUUUGGAGGGUUUGUAAGUCAUCCCCGCUUAAUGGUGACUAAUUUUGGUUCAGUAACCAUCAGGUUGAGUAACUUCGUAAAAAUUGAUCUCACACCAGCUGGGGCGAUUUGCGUGCACAAUACUGUCGGCGGGUGUCUCGCUGCAGUGAACAGUGUCGGCAACAAAAGUUGCGUCAUACACCCCAACAGCCGCGUAUUUCAAGAAGGAAUGAACGUACACAUCUUGACUGAUGGCAACAGGAUGAUUAAAAUUUGUAGAAAAGGAAUUAUUUUUUCCUCAUCUCAGCACAGUUUAGCGUACUUAGUUGAUGAAUCAGGAACUAAGACUACUGCGGAGAAAUUCAUGAAUUUGUCUUCGUACGAUGUGUUGGCAGAUGUCUUCUACAACGAUAUUAAAGAAAACUGUUUGGAGGAAUGUUAUGAUAUGAUCUCGAAGUCAAUUCAUAAUAUCUCUCCUAUUGGAGAAGAAACUUGGAUUAUUGAUGGUGCUCGAAUAUUCCAAGAUAGAAAGGGAGAUGUAACUGUGGCAAGCAAUUCUCGACAAAGGAUCAUUACAACGUCACCGGCUCUUCGAAAAAUAUCCCUGAAUACUCCAGCCAUAGAUGUGAAUACAAAUUCCUCCUUGAAGCACUAUCUGACAGUACGGAAAAGUAAUCGAAUAGUAACUUCUGGCUACUGUGGUCUAACGGUGCAAAUUGGUUCUCAAAAAUCGGGUUUUGGUCGUAAUGGAAAGCUUGUUCUUUUCUGAAUAUAGUAAUAAAAUGAGACUAGAGUUUCAGUUGAAAAUUAUUCUGUAAAGGACGAUGUAAAUGAAAUUGAAUUUUAAUAAAAUAUACAUCAUAAAUAAUGAUGUUAUUUGC